AUUAAGAAUGGGUUACAAAACCAAUUCUUACAACAUGGCAGAAGAAGCAACUUUGCCGAAAACGCAAGAUCGUGAACUCACCUGCAAAGAAGGUGGACUGGUAUGCACAGGCUUUUGCGGCGGUAUCUUCACCGUCAUCGCCUUAUUGGUGUAUCUCUAUAACUUCGUCGACAAUGCUCCCUGCGACGCUAAAUUCUCAAUCCAAUCCAUUGCCCUAUCCCCCUCCUCCGCUACAUGGCAUGUUGAUUUCCUCGUCAAAAACCCUAGCUCUAGGUAUUCUAUCCUCUACGGAAGCGAUGAAACUGGGGUGAGGCUUGGUCCCUUAAACGCUGCCGUUUUAAAUACUUCUAACGAACGUAAGUCUCCAAGUCACACGGCUUUCUCAGUGGAUUUCGUUGCGGAGGGUAAUCCAGACGUCGUUCUCGAACAAUUAGAUAUUAAGUUAAGGGCAAAGCAUAAAAAUUACGGAGAGAGCGAUAACGCAGGACAUGUUGAUAUAAGGUGUCAUAAUCUAACCCGAAGCCAUGAGAAUGUUGAGAAGAUUCAUUGUCACUCUUCUUUCACAAAGUUGAAGAUUUUAUCAGGCAAUUCAGUCUCCGUCUCAAACGCAAACGUUUCAGCCGCUGAUUGGAGGAUUGGUUUCGUCGCAAGGAGUCCAGUCACAGGCUGUGAAAUCUCUCUACAUCCUCUCAGUUCGCGUUUACUCCGUGGCAGCCAAGUUAUCUCCAACCCAUCAUCUCCCUCGCCGCUUUCUUUAGGAAACAGUACUGAUAUCGUUUUCGAGAAGGUGGUUAUGCCGCAAGUUACUGGAGACGUGAUUUGGGAUCUUCGUGUUGAGAUUAUGUAUGCUAUGAAGACAAGUACUAGAUAUUUAAGAGGUUUAUUGACGGCUGUUUGUCCCGAUAUUCCGGUGAAAUUCACGACGGAUCCGGCGGGAAAGAUGACGGGAUCGUUGCUAGGAAAUAUGAGACGGUGUGAGCAUAAAUUGCGCGCAGACUUGGCUUAA